AUGGCCACCUCCUCAGGCCCAUUCUGCGGGUCCAUGAUCUUGCCAAAUGAGCACCACCAGAUCCAACUUGGAAAAAACGUGAAACCAGAAAAUAUGUCAUAUACUACCACGUUUGUUCUCCUGGGAUUGUCAGAUGAUCCACACCUGCAGCCCAUCCUCUUUGGACUCUUCCUGUCCAUGUACCUGGUCACAGUUCUUGGGAACCUGCUCAUCAUCUUGGUCAUCAGCAAUGACCAGCACCUCCACAGCCCCAUGUACUUCUUCCUGUCUAACCUAUCCCUGUCUGGCAUCUGUUUCAUCUCAACUAUGGUCCCAAAGAUGAUUAUGGACAUUUCAACUCACAGCAGAGACAUUUCCUAUGUGAGCUGCCUGAAACAGAUGUCUCUUUUUAUCAUCUUUGUAUGUAUGGAUGACAUGCUGCUAACUGUGAUGGCCUAUGACCGCUUUGUGGCCAUCUGUCUCCCUUUGAGAUACAAUGUCAUUAUGAACCCCAAAGUCUGUUGGCUGCUGGUUCUGUUUUCCUUCCUUAUCAGUGUUCUGGUUGCCUUGCUCUACACCUCAGCAGCACUGCAGCUGUCAUUCUGCACACACCUGGAGAUUCCCCACUUUUUCUGUGAACUGAAUCAUCUUCUCAAGCUUGCCUGUGCUGAUAUCCUCAUCAAUAACAUCCUGGUGUAUUUCAUAACAGGUGUGUUGGGUAUUGUUCCUUUCUCCGGGAUAAUUUUCUCUUACACUCAAAUUGUCUCCUCUAUCUUGAAAAUUUCAUCAGCUGGUGGAAAAUAUAAAGCUUUCUCUAUUUGUGGGUCUCACAUAAUAACCACUUCCUUGUUCUAUGGCACAAGUUUUGGGGUGUACCUCAUUUCUACAGGUGCUCAGUCCCCCGGAAAGAGUGUAAUAGCCUCAGUGAUGUACACUGUGGUGACCCCCAUGAUGAAUCCCUUUAUCUACAGCCUGAGAAACACGGAUAUGCUGAGGGCUUUGGGUAAACUCAUCUGUGGAAUAGCAUCUUUCCAUUUAUACCUCAGAUGCUUAUACUACUGGAGUAAAUCAAAGAGAAAUACAUAA